UAGCAAAACGUCAUAUCGUACAUCACUUCGUUGUUUUUUUUUCUUUCAGAUUACGGUGUCACUUUGUGGAGAUCACAAUGGGGCGCCGACCAGCUAGAUGUUAUCGGUACUGUAAAAAUAAGCCGUACCCAAAGUCCCGGUUCUGCCGUGGUGUACCGGACCCUAAGAUCCGUAUCUUCGACUUGGGUAAGAAGAAGGCGACGGUGGACGACUUCCCACUAUGCGUUCACUUGGUGUCCGAUGAAUACGAACAGCUAAGUUCGGAGGCGUUGGAAGCGGGCCGUAUUUGCUGCAACAAGUACCUCGUGAAGAACUGCGGCAAAGACCAGUUCCACAUCCGCAUGAGGCUGCACCCAUUCCAUGUCAUCCGCAUCAAUAAAAUGUUAUCGUGUGCUGGAGCUGACAGGCUCCAGACAGGAAUGCGUGGCGCUUUCGGCAAACCACAAGGAACCGUAGCACGCGUGCAUAUCGGCCAGCCCAUCAUGUCGGUGCGCUCAAGCGACCGCUGGAAGGCGCAGGUUAUUGAGGCUCUGCGUCGUGCCAAGUUCAAGUUCCCUGGUCGUCAGAAGAUCUACAUCUCCAAGAAGUGGGGUUUCACAAAGUACGACCGCGAUGAGUUCGAGAAGCUGCGUGAGGAAGGUCGCCUGGCCAAUGACGGCUGCAACGUGAGGUACCGUCCAGAACACGGCCCCCUCGACUCUUGGAGAAAAGUCCAAACUGAAAUCUACAGUGUUUAAGAAUGGACUGUAAUACAUGUUAAUGUAUAAAA